AUGAGCGCUAUUCCUCCUCGUCUAAUAAGCUGGCUUCGGGAACACUAUCCAUCUCCUCAAGUGGAUCCCGAGUGGCUCGACGCUUGUUAUAACUGGGUCAUAACAGAACACGAGCUCGAUCCUGCCACCCACAUGGCAUCCAUUAUUCAGAACGUCGAGGCGCAACUGCUCCAAUCCGAUCUAUGCGAUUCCAUGUGUCACGGAACGGGGAUUCCGUUGUCCCUCCUUACAGCAGUAUCGGGGACUCUUCGCGGGCCCGUGCUGGUCGAAAUCGUCGCGAUCACCGAGGUCGGAGCCAGCGCCCUGGCGCUGGAUCAGGUCCGCGUGGUUAGAGAUGAACGGCUUGCAGCCGGGGAAAUUGAAGGAGACGACGAAGUGGAUUUAGAAGUUGACGGAGAAGGCGCUGUGCCUAAUUAUCCGCGUAGUAUGCUCAGAUUUGAGCUGAGUGAUGGUGCUUCGAAGGUGUCUGCCUUUGAGUAUCGACCUCUGCCUGAGCUGAACCUUGGAGUCACACCACUGGGAUAUAAAGGAAAGUUAAUAUUGAAGAAUGUUCUGAUGAGACGAGGAAUGGCCUUUCUUGAACCGUCUUGUGUCGAGUUCAAGGGGCAGAAGACUGAGGAUCGUGAAGUCCAGCAGUCUACAGACUUCGCCCGUGAAUUGAGGCACAGAUUAGGAAACCUGGAGCCCCAACCUGAAGUGUCUCAAGCACCAGCACCCCAGGAAAUGCGAUCUCCACUUCGCGAGAUAUCGCAGCCACCUUCGCCUCCGGCUGCUGGCUUGCAUAAUCAUUCGGACGACGAAGAACAGCCCAGAAGGCGGCGAGUACCCGGUCCGCCCCCGUCAGUUUCGUCGUCCUCGACUAUCGUUACUUCUCCGUACUUCCCCUCUAGCGGAAGUGCUGCAGGCGCUGUCCCCGCCGCAAGCCCUAGAAUGGGUCUUGCUCUCUCCCCGACUCGCAGCGCGCCCAUCGAAAUUGACAUCUCGGACGACGAGGACAGUCAAAUCUACCUUUAG